AAUGCAUGAAUCGAUAUAAAUUAAAAACUAGCUUAGCGUCAUAAAACUAGAAUUAUAACACAACAAAAAUCAGUUUGAGGGUCAACCCACAGUAACUUUCGGUUCCAGUUGACAUUUUGUUCAUUAGCUAACAGGAUGCUAACAAAGAUGGACAUUUGUUGAUAAAAAUUUAAAAAAUAAUUAAGAUUACAGAUGGACUCAUGUACGAUAUAUUAAUAACACGACAAGACAUACGACAUACACCGGGACAAAAUGGUUCUUGGGGAUUAGUUUAGCUCGCUAAAUUGCUAAUGCUAAUGUUAGCCGUGACCGCACUUGCUAAGCUUGAGCUGCUUCGAUGGUAAGUAAGCUCUUUCUUACAAAAAAGGGACGUAACUUUACUUUUAUCAUUUUUUUUUUGUACGAGCUUUUUUGAAAUGCUAAUUUUACAAAUGUCUUCUCCUUUAAGACGAAAAUGAAUUCUGAAUGCAUGAAUCGAUAUACAGUAAAAACUAGCUUAGCGUCAUAAAACUAGAAUUAUAACACAACAAAAAUCUGUUUGAGAGUCAAACAACAUAAUUCACGGGCAAAGUAACUUUAGGUUCCAGUUGACAUUUUGUUCAUUAGCUAAUAGGAUGCUAACAAAGAUGGACAUUUGCUGAUAAAAAAAAUUAAGAUUACAGAUGGACUCAUGUACGAUAUAUUAAUAACAUGACAAGACAUGCGCCAUACACCAGGACAAAAUGGUUCUUGGGGCUUAGUUUAGUUCGCUAAAUUGCUAAUGCUAAUGUUAGCCGUGACCGCACUUGCUAAGCUUGAGCUGCUUCGGUGGUAAGCAAGCUCUUUCUUACAAAAAAUAGACGUAAUUUUACUUUUAUCAUUUGUGUUGUCCGAGCUUUUUUGAAAUGCUAAUUUUACAAAUGUCUUCUCCUUUAAGACGAAAAUGAAUUCUGAAUACAUGAAUCGAUAUACAGUAAAAACUAGCUUAGCGUCAUAAAACCAGAAUUAUAACACGACAAAAAUCUGUUUGAGAGUCAACCAACAUAAUUCACGGGGCAAGGGAUCUGAGCAUGAAUAACAUCAGUGAGAUCCAGCCCAGAGCCUUCCACGGACUGCACCUGCUAACAGAACUGCGAAUCUCUGGGAAUCAGCUGAAAUAUAUCUCAGGCCAUUCUCUCCAGGGUCUCCACAACCUUAAAGUUUUGAUGCUGCAAAACAAUCAGCUUGAAAGGCUUCCUGGUGAGGCUGCGUGGGACUUACCCAACCUGCUGUCCCUGCGUCUGGAUGCAAACCUACUGUCUGAAGUUCCUGCUGGUGCCUUCAGAGGAAUGCGGUCUCUGAGGCACCUGUGGCUGGAUGACAACUCCUUGACAGAGAUCCCAGUGACCGCCCUGGAUUCGCUGCCCUCCCUACAAGCCAUGACCCUGGCCCUCAACCAGAUCACGCAUAUCCCAGAUUAUGCGUUUUCCAACCUCUCUGCACUCGUUGUACUACAUCUCCACAACAACCAGAUCCAGAUGAUGGGUGGGAGAUGCUUUGAAGGUUUACAAAGUCUGGAAACUCUGGAUUUAAAUUACAAUGAUCUCCAGGAGUUCCCCGUGGCGAUCAAGACACUGAGUAAGCUCCAGGAACUAGGCUUCCAUAACAAUAACAUCAAAGCCAUUCCAGAGAGAGCCUUUGUUGGGAAUCCUCAGCUCCAAACCAUCCAUUUUUAUGAGAACCCUAUCCAGUUUGUGGGAAAAUCAGCUUUCCAGUUCUUACCGAAGUUGCACACACUUUCUCUUAACAGAGCGACCCUAAUUCAAGAGUUUCCUGACCUGAAAGGAACCACAAGCCUGGAAGUUUUGACUCUGACUCAGGCCGGUCUCUCAGCUCUGCCUGUGGGUCUAUGCGAGCAGCUUCCUCGCCUCAGAGUAAUGGAACUCUCUUACAACCUGAUACGGCAUCUGCCAAGCUUUUAUCACUGCUCAGAACUCCAAGAAAUAGGUCUUCAGCAUAACGAAAUAACAAUGCUGGAGUCCAGCACUUUCCAGCAGCUCACCUCUCUGAGAACGCUUGAUUUGAGUUGGAACAAGAUAGAGUGGAUCCAUGCGGAUGCCUUUGCCUCGUUGCAUUCCUUGGUCAAACUGGACCUGACUGAAAACAGGCUUAGCUCAGUGCCGUCUGUGGGAUUGGGGAGUCUCACUCAUCUCAAACUCAGGGGCAACCCAGCGUUGUACGACACCUUCAUCCCUGAUCGCUUCCCUCAUUUGAGGGUGAUCGAGAUGCCGUACGCCUACCAGUGCUGUGUGUAUGGUUCCUGUGAUAGCUACAAGUCAGCCAACCAGUGGGACGCCGAGCAAAGCAACAGCGACCAAGAUCUUCACAAGAGAACUGUGGCCAGUUACCCAAUUCCUGGUGACACACGAUAUGAUCCUGAUCUGGAAGAAUUCCAGCUAGAAAUAGAAGAGUCCAAACUCCAGGCCAGCGUCCAAUGCACACCCACACCAGGUCCUUUCCGUCCAUGUGACACUCUUCUGGGAAGCUGGUUGGUUCGUGUUGGGUUAUGGACCAUCUCUGUCGCGGCUCUACUGGGGAACUCCAUACUACUCCUCUCGUUGUUCAGCUCGCUCUGCUCCAUGUCGCCACUGAGAUUCACCGUGGCCUGCAUGGGCGCCUCUAAUCUGCUGACGGGCUUCUGCACGAGCACCCUGGCCCUGAUAGACGUUCUAACAUCGGGGGAGUUUAGCCACUAUGGCGCCCGCUGGCAAGGAGGUCCUGGUUGUCAGGUGACGGGAUGGCUGUGGGUGUUUGCUUCCGAGGCAAGCGUUCUGCUGCUGACGCUCGCGGCGGUGCAGUGCGGAGUGAGCGUGACAUGCGGUUAUGCAAAGUCACCCUCGCUCAGAUGUGUACGCACAUCCGCGGUUUUCUGCGUCGGUUUUUCUUUCGUCUUAGCUUGUUUUCCGAUGCUCGGAAUCGGAGAGUACGGAUCCUCGCCUUUCUGCUUACCGACGCCUUUCCCUCCUUUGACUUCUCAGGCGCCAUCUGCCUUGAUCUUUCCUUUGAUGCUCAUUAUGAUGAACAUCUUGUGCUUGCUCAUAGUAACAUGUUCAUACAUCCGACUGUACUGGGAAUUACUCCGAGGGGAAUGUGAAGGAAUGUGGGAUUGCGCUAUGAUCAAACAUGUUGCCUGGCUAAUCAUCACAAACGGACUCAUCUAUGUACCGGUGGCUUUCCUCUCCAUCUGCUUCCUCCUGGGUCUCCUCUCUCUCGACGAGGAGGUUUUGAAAUCGGUGCUGUUGCUUCUCCAGCCUCUCCCCGCUUGCUUGAAUCCCUUCAUUUUCCUCCUUUUUACACAACACUUCCCGUAUUUUUUCUGGUCCCGCCCGAAAACUCCUCUUCAGCUUCGCAGGGAACGCACCUUAGACUCGCUGGUUUCCGUGGAGACGGAGAAGAGCUCCUGCUCCGAUUCUUCAACACAGGCGUCGCUCGCUGAUGUGGAUACCCUCUGCUGUAGGGUCUCGAGUCUCCACACUCAAACGGACGCUAUUAGAUUUUCCCACUGCUCCUCCACUUCCUCGGUUCCUCUGAUCAGUUCUCAGACAAGCGGCGGCAGAGAAGAACAACAAGGGAACCUCGACGAAAAGGGACUUCUAAAGAAUCGAGAUAUUCAAAACAGUCGUCCGAUGCGUCGCUUAACCACGACUCACUACUCCGUUGCCCCAAAUCCAUGAACUUCUAAGUUAACUGCCAGAAAAGUUGGCGCAUUGCAGGCACUCGUGGGUCUUCGUGUACGGGAAGACCGGUUCUGGGCCUCAGAGACCUUUGCGAGGAUGGAAGUCAUGACAAGCCAAUGAACGGCAGAGUGCCUUUUAAAAAAAAGGGGCGGGACAACAAGACGUUUCCUCUGCAAUAAGGAAUCAAACAUGGGAUUGUGCUUUGUUAUAAACAAUGACAUUUUAGAACCUAUUCAGACUUGUAUGUAUAUCUACGACAAAAGUCAAGUCAAAACUGAAAUUGUAUUCAAAGGGAAAUACAUCUUUGAAGAACUAAAAAAAUUCUAUGUAUAAAUCUUUAUAUUGAGGUAUUGAUUCUGGGGUUUAGAAGUCUCUGAUAAAUACAAAUUGACUUUCUAUUCUUAUUUUCUUACUGGAUAAUAAAGAAUUUAUUGUCUCUUCAGGUAAUUAACCAGAGCUAAGCUAACAUUUCACAUGUCAGUAAUUUUUUUUUUUAAAUAUGUUCAACAAAGUUAUAGACUUGGAUUGUUUCUUAUAAACAACUACACAUAAUACACAUAAUAGACCGACAGGGGAUGUAGCUAUUCUAUCCAUCAGCCGUGUGUAAAUACAAAUGUAUAAUACAACUACCUCUAAACAAGGACAAUAUUGACGUGCUACAGCUUUUUAAAAAUGGUGUUUUAUAUAUAUAUAUAUUACAAUAUGAAUGCAAUUCCUUUAACAAAAUAUACAAUCAUAUGUUGCUAUUUAGGCUGUACAUACUACUGUGUAUACAAGUGGAGCAUAUGUUUGAAUAAAAAGUAACGACACUU